UUUAAUCGGACAGUAGUAGGGGGAAAAAAUGGUUGCAAUGAAUUUCAGCUAGCUAGCCACCGACAGCUGCCAGUACAUUUGAGUAAAACCAUCCAUGUCAAGGCACAAGAAGGAUUUUCGGAAUCUUGUGCUGCUUCUGUGUACGUACAGGGACAGACUAGCCUGCCUGCCAACCUACUGUGAAUCGGUGUAUGUAUGGCAUGUCAACAUGCUGCUCCCGUUAUGUGCUCACAUCACUGGCUAACGUUAGAGAUCCAGCUGGCUCAGUGACCAGACAAGAAAACCUUGGCACCCUUGUGUGCCAGUUCAUUUCAAGACCCAGGGAUUUCUGAAUCCAGAAGAUGAACGGUCUGUCCAUACGAGAGCUAUGCUGCCUGUUCUGCUGCCCCCCUUGCCCCAGCCGCAUUGCAGCCAAACUGGCUUUCCUCCCUCCAGAGCCCACCUACACCCUUCUCCCUGACCCAGAUCCAGGUUCUGGAGCUGGAACUGCUUCUGGGUCCAGCUCCGGGGCUGCUCCGCCUUCUCUUGGAGCCCCAGGACUGCGUUCCCGGCUGGGCACUGGUAGUGGAAAUGACAGAGGAGGCGGAGGCGGAGGCGGUGGUGGAGCAGGAGCAGGAGCAGGAGCAGUGGCAGGGGGUGGCAGCGGCGGCGUUGGGGCUGAGGGCAGGUGGAAACUUCAUCUCACAGAGAGGGCUGAGUUCCAGUAUUCACAGAGGGAGCUGGAUGUGACGGAUGUAUUCCUGACCAGAUCUAGCCGAGGGAACAGGGUGGGAUGCAUGUACAUUCGCUGUGCCCCCAAUGCCAGGUUUACAGUGUUGUUUUCCCAUGGCAAUGCAGUAGACCUGGGCCAGAUGAGCAGCUUCUACAUCGGCUUAGGCACACGCAUCAACUGCAACAUCUUUUCCUAUGAUUACUCAGGCUACGGUGUUAGCACUGGCAAGCCCUCUGAGAAAAACCUUUACGCUGACAUUGAUGCUGCCUGGCAUGCCCUGCGCUCCCGGUACGGCAUCAGCCCUGAGAAUAUCAUCCUAUACGGACAGAGCAUCGGCACGGUGCCCACAGUAGACUUGGCAUCACGGUUUGAGUGUGCGGCUGUGGUCCUCCACUCUCCUCUCACCUCUGGCAUGAGAGUGGCCUUUCCUGACACCAAGAAAACCUACUGCUUUGAUGCCUUCCCUAACAUAGAGAAAGUGUCAAAGAUCCCGUCUCCAGUGCUCAUUAUCCACGGUACAGAGGACGAGGUGAUCGACUUCUCUCACGGCCUCGCCCUGUUUGAGCGGUGUCCCAAGGCCGUGGAGCCCCUCUGGGUGGAGGGAGCCGGUCACAACGACAUUGAGCUUUACAGUCAGUACCUGGAGAGGCUACGGCGCUUCAUCAACCAGGACCUGGCUACACAGCAUGCCUGAGAAACAAACAACAGCCUCUCUGCGUUUGUUUGAAUGAGACGAGCGUGUACGUGCAUGUGUGUGGGACUGAGUGAGAAAGCAUGUUUGCAAAGUAUGGAUGAGAAAUUUGAGGAUGUGUGAUUGAAAUAAUUUUUUUUGGUCACAUCUGUGUGUCUUUGAAGCAGCACACCUUUAGGUUACUUUUCAACAUGUGUUAAAAUAAUUUCCUGUUUUUUAAAGGUGAGAAGGCUUUUUAAUAUAUAAACGGCGGUGUCCAUCUGUGUGGUGGUGAAACACUAAGAACAAGAACUGAGAUAAAACAACUUCAAGUUUUACAAGUCACCUGGGAAAACUUUUGAAUUGCAGCUUUAAAAUGUGACACUCACAUGAAUUUAGAAGUAACAACAAUGUACUUUGUCCAAAAAGGCACACAGAUGUAAUUUUUAAGUAUGACAUGUUAGUGAAUGUAUGAGUCAUGGGUGUAUGUGUUUCUUAAAAUCUCCAUGGACCCGUGACACCUGAAUAUGUAUGUGUGCAAGAGUUUGUGAGCCAGGCAGUGCUGAAAGAAAUGAAGGACAUCCUAAUGACCUGGGACAGCUGCAAGUGGAGAAGGCUUAUGGAGACUUAUCAAUAUUGAUGUUUAGUUUUUGUCCUUUUUAUUUUUUUGGUGCGUGUAUGUAUGAAGAAUACCUCCACAGCUUGACCAGUUCUCUUUCCAGUGAACAACACUGGUCAAGCAUGUGUGCCCUCUAUCCAUGUUUACCUGUUACCAGAUAUCCAUCUGACUGCCAGGGCAUUUCCCAAGUUGUCCAGCUAACACUAACCUACUUUAUUUGUGUGAUUUGGGGCUCCAUCACCUUUCCUUCUGUGUCGGUUAUGGUGGAUACACAAGGACUAGCCUGGAAUACGGUCAUUGCUUGUAUGGCUGGCGGGUGUCUCAUAUUUUCCUCUUCCUCAUUUUUGACUCUGAUAAGAUCACAGGACGGCCAGCAACCACUUCAUUUCCUGGCUGUGCUGUAGAUUUAGCCUUUUACUGUUCGCAAAACUGCAGUGGGAACGCACAGGAAAUUGUUUUGAUUCACCUGUAUUGCUUUUUCCCCACAGUCUGACAUUUUAUACUUGCGAUCAAGAAUGAUUGUGGUUGAAGUAGAAACAGGUAUUUGAGGGCCGCACUGAGAAUAUGUAACGUGUUUAUUUGGACAUGUUUCUGGCAUUAACAGAACAGUUAUAAAAGUGCAGGUUUACUCUAUACUUUUCAUGU